UGGGGCAACAGCGGCAGAAAGCACGUCAGCCGUACACCGCGACUUUCAAUCCGCACACCAGCGAAAAGUGAGGGGAACCAGCCCAGCGGCGCCGCGUUUGGCACAAGCUUUUGGCUGUGGGUAGGGGCUUAAUGCCUGUACCUGGGUGUACAUAUGCUGGAGGAGGUUCGCCGCACACGGAAGGGUGAGCUUUCUCCACGUUUCGCGAUUUCCAAGCCAUUACACCACACCGCACGAGCACGAAGCGGCAAACCCUCAGCCUCCCUUCUGUACUUAGUAUAAGCUUUUUGGUCUUGUUGCUCUCAGCCGCGAGGCUUCUAGCCGAGUCACGGAUCUUUACAAAAAGCGAGCUGGCUCCUAUUCUUUGACUCUCCCAUAACACCACCGUUUGUCUCUCGCUAUUCACCGUCCAGGGCGGCCGCAAAGAAGACAUAGUACAUAGUUUGCUGUUGAUGCCUUUGCACACCCGCCAUCAUGAACUCACCAGCCUUGUCGGAUAUUUCGCUCAGCGAUGAGGCGCUCGAUGCAUAUUUUGCAACCUCUUACGUCCCGCCGUCCAUGUGGCCCACCCCACCACCUGUCACGCCCGAGAUGGGUGGAAGUCUUUCCAAAAGCAUGGAGGGAGUCGUAGAGGAUUCGUUCACGUGUUUGGUUACCGGGGAAGACUUGCUUGCAACCCACCUCAGCAGCCUCAUUCCCCCAAACGCCUGCCAAAACCGGCCCUCAGCCCCACGGAUCGCCCAAUACCUCUCCCGCAGCGCUCUCCCAAUCGAGCUCAUCGCCUUCUCGGCCUGCAUGCUCGACAACCUGACCUCACGCUUUGCCACGACCUGGCUAAACGCAUGCCAGGACACGGCCGUCAACCCGACGGGUCUUUCCCACUCUUUGACGCGCCCAAGCGACCAAUUCCCACCGACCCUCCGGCGUACCCGUCAACUCAUCCCCGUGGACCCGGAACUCAUCGUGCUCGCGGCUCUAUCACUCACUAACUCCUACCACCAAGACCACUCCUUCUCGAAGGAGUUCUGGACCACGGUCGUGGCCGAGAGAAAGUUCUCGGUUCGCCAGUUGAACGUCACUAUCUCAGCUAUGCUAGCGGAUUUAAAUUACCGACUGCAGGUGUUCACGGCGGAGAGGGUUGAGGAGGCGUUGGAGUAUAUGAGGAGGGUCGGCAGGACGGAUGUGGUGAACGAGACGCCAGGUAUGGAUAUGGGGCUGAAAGGGAGGAGGGAGCGGCCGGCGCUUAAGGUUCCGAUGGCAGGGACCUCGAUAUGGAUGAAUGGACAGUGUACGCCAGAGCCGAGCCCGUGA